UGUUCAUAUACACAUUUUUUUUAUUGAUAAAGAAAGAAUGCAACAAAUUGAUAUAAGCCUAGACAGUAUAGGUUAUAUCUACAGUAGACAGUUAUUAGAUUUCAACUCACAACAAUCAACUUUCAACUUGGACUCAGUGUGUCACUAUUAUGAUAUCCUAGUAAACGAUCCAAACGAAAGUUCAGAGAAAACCUCAAAAUUAUUCCAACAAUUCAACCAAGUCAUUACAUCACCCUCCAUUUUACAUUAUCAUACACCACCAACUAUUUCUCUCAAGAGAGAUUACGUCAAGAAUGAUGAGAGACGACAAUACUUAUUAGAUGAGUUCAUCAUGACGGAAGCCAAUUAUUUAUCCAGUCUCCGAACGUUUAUCAACUUAAUUGUUGAGCCUCUUCGACAAAAGUCUAAAGAUAGGCAACGUGCUAUUAUUGGGCAGUAUGAGUGUGCUAAUAUAUUUAUGAAUAUCGAUGAAUUGGCUGCUGUCACCCAGGAUUUUUAUAAUGACUUGAUUCAACAUGGCGCAGGCGGUAAGAAUCUGGGUGAUCUAUGCUUAUCUCAUAUGAGGAGGUUUACUUGUUACAAUAGAUUUUUACUGGGAGUUCAUAAUGCACAGAUUAUCAAUGAAAAACAAUUAAAGAAUCCCAAUUACUAUCAUUUUUUGGAAAAAGUCAUUAACAAUCAAAGCAAUGGUAACCAAACAGUGUAUGAUUAUCUUGCAUUGCCCAGUCAACGUGUAGGAAGAUACACAAUGUAUUUUAAGGAACUUAUAAAACACACAACGGAUGAUCAUGUGGAUUUGCCAGGUUUACAUGCUUCACUAUUGAAAGCGGAGGAGAUUGCCAAUAUGACGGAAGAGAUUCAUACCCAAAUCAUGAAAAUCUUUCGACGUUUAUUACAAGCUGUUCAGUAUUGUCCCGAAUCUUUAAUUAGUUUUCAACGAAGAUUUUUAUGCUACCUUGAUGUAACCGAAAUCGAUCAACAAACAAUGAAACCUGUGCAACCAGUCACUCUAUUUUUGUUUUCUGAUAAAAUUAUGGUGGUGAAACGACCUUCGUAUGAAUCGGAUGGAUUGGAUUUAUGUGGAUUGGACCAAAGAAUGUACGAAGGGUCAGAAAGAAAGGAUUUCUGUAUACGUAAAGAGGCUGUGACAGGCAAGAUGAAAUUUAUUGGCUGGGCAAGUUUAAAUGACAUUGAUAUCCAUGACGGACCAGACCCAUCUUUCUCGAAAACUUCAUUUACCUUGUUGUGUAACUCUUCGGGUCCAUUGCCAUCUUCAACCGAUACUGAUCAAGCGACACAAAAAUCUCUGGAAGCUUAUUUUCAACAUGAUCAACAAAAGCAUUCGUUCUUUUUAAAUGAAGGCGGUAACAUGAUUAACAGAGAGUACUUCCAAACUGCUGAAAAGACAAGAGCCCAUUUCAUUCAUCAAUUUGGAAAGGCAAAGAAUAGUUUAAAGCAAAGUGACCAACUCAUUCAAACGUCCUACUGUCAAUGGAAUCAUCACCACUUCUUUGCAAAUAUUUAUCCGACUUCCAUGUAUGACAAGGUGUCAAAUAAAAAUGAAAUUGCGCUGUUUUAUAUUGAAAAAAACACUGUCAACAUCGAAACCGUGCUGAGCCGUUGCCUUGUAAUCCCAAAUAUGGUUGGAUUUAUUGUGCCUCAUGAAAAAGAUGACAGUUACAGGUAAGCAGCAGCACUUUUUUUCAAUGUGAAAAUGACUAACUUG